AGAUCCGAGAAAUAGCCUUAGACAGAGUAUCGUGCUUGGGCCCAAGUACGGGAUUCAAAUGGACUUAGAUGCAGGGCUUAAGCUUGGCCUUGGUACGGGCUUCGAAACGGACUUAGCUAGGCUUCAGCUUGGCCUAGUACUGUUACAACAACUGCAACCUCAUACUCAAAAUUCGUUUCACACAUCAUUUCGAUUUUCGCGCGCCACUUCUCCUCUCUCUCACUCCCCUUUCUGCACAAUUUUUUCUGCUACCACUGAGAAUUGGCUAUGGAGAAUUCGUCACAGAGAGAUGCUAAUCAAAUGGAUGGAAAUCGAGUGAAAGCAAAGAAUUCUGGUGGUGGAGUCUGUUUGAUGAGCAAUGUAUGGAGAGAUGAGCAGCAUCCAUCCUUCAUCAAUUUCAUGUCAAAUUUCCUUUGCACAAACUCAUUUCGCCUCAAUUUUGUUCCAAUUGUCCCAGACUUGAUAUUCAAUUGUGGGGGUUUGUCAGUGGCUUUUGCUUUCCUGACAAGUUGGGAUUGCAGCAAUACGUCACCAAUCUAUAGCAGAGUUCAAAAGUUGAAGAAGCAGUUUGCAAAUUUCUAUGUUGUAGUCGUCCUUCCAACUAAGGAGCAGAAUGAUUCAUUUGUUCAAUCCUAUUUCAGAAAUGGGAUGGAGAUUGGUAAGCCACCAUUUGUAGCCGUUCAGGAUAUUGAAAUGGGUUUUGAGAAGAUUGUAAAGAUAGCACACUCUCGUGGAGCAUGCAAGCAGCAAGAUGUCAUAUUAAAAUUGAGGACUGAGAGGAAGAGAUCAGUGCAAGUCAUGGAUGCUUUUCGUAGAGUCAUGUCUUCUGUACCAGGCCUUGAUGAUCAUGAUGCAAAUUCGCUAAAUCAAGCUAUUGGUUCAAUUGAGGCAAUCGCCAAAGCAUCGAAGGAGUACAUUUUGGAGAACACAGAUCUGUCAGUGGAGAAAGCAGAGAGAAUUAGGAGCUUUUUCAGGGAUCCGAAGUUGUACCUCAGUCCCAAAAUAAAUUGAUAUUCCACGGAAGAAAGAGUUUCGAGUGGAGCCUGGUAAACGUUUCUGCAGACACGCACCCAAAAGGAAAAGGAAAAGCCAAGGAAAAUAGAAGAAUAUCAAAUAGAAGUAGAAAAAAAGUUGGUUGGGGAUGUGAGUGCAAUAAAACUCUAUAAGCAAGUGGAAAUUGAAGAGAAUAGCAGUUCCCAAGUGUUAAAACCGGGCGAGAGAUGGAGAAAGAAUCUACCUAUUCGAGUUUGACUCGGUUUAAACUGUUGACCCAUUCAGAUUUUGAAUAUAUAAAUAUUCACGCCAAAUUAUAAAAUGCUUUGCUAGCUAUUGCCUGUGCGGCCUGUCGUUUGUUUAGAUUGAGUCUCAUUCCAUUUUGAGUAGGCCAAAGCCAAGCCACAUAAUAUAUUGCCGUAACGGAUUGGAUUUUUCUUAUUAACAUGGAUGGAUGGAGUCAACCCAUGUGAUCAAAUUGGGGUUAGGUUCUACGGGUAGCUAUUUUAUUAGUAUGUUUCUAAAUGUACAAUUUUGAUAUUAUUAUUAUUAUUACAGAAUAGUUCAACCAA